UGCUUGGCAGAACACAGGACUCGGGCUCAGACUGAAGCUUAGCCCAUUGAGGUACUGAGAGGCUGGAAGCAGGUGCUGGUAAAGGUGUGAGGCGGCAGUUCCUCAUGCAUUACUGAUUUCUGACAGACCAUAAAUCGAAUUGCAAAGACUGCAAAGAAGAAAAAGGGGAUAUUUGAAAGGGGGGAACUAAGAAAAAGCUUACACAUCUUCAAUCAUUUCCCUUUCAAAGCAGCCAUUCUCAAGAAACAAAAAGAAAAGUUACAAGAGGUGAACAGGAAAGUUGGUAAGUGAGGCUGUGGUCUGCAGAUGCAGGUCCACCACAGUCGUCACAUGACGUGGAUUUCCGCUCUGACACAUUUUGCUGUUGGCUGCACAGCAGGGCAGGGCCACACAAUCACUCCACAGCAGCAGCAGCAGCAGCAGCAGCAGCAGGAUAUGAUGGUGCUUUGAGGACUACUCUACCAUGCAGUCCACCAUGAAUUUCAAUGGACUUCAACGCCAGGGCAGCCAAGAGAAUAACAACCUGGAUAAUACUCUGAGGAAGAAAAGUUCUCUGUGGUACCGCCGUUCACUGAGAGGAAGCAGUGAUCGACACCGACAGAACACAGGAACAGUACCCAGAGUGUGCAAGCCCAAACGGUCCAACUCACUGGUUAAUUACUCUGACCCGCAAAGGACCACAAUUGUGUUAGAGAAGCAGGACAAUGAAACAUUUGGCUUCGAAAUUCAGACAUAUGGACUGCAACUGAAGAACAGCGCAGAUGUGGAAAUGUGCACGUUUGUGUGCAAGGUGCAGGAGGACAGUUCUGCAGAGAGUGCAGGCCUAACCGCAGGGGAUAUAAUAGUCACUAUCAACGGCGUCAGCAUCGAAGGAUCAUCCCAUCAGCACAUCAUUGAACUGAUAAGACAAUCCACCAACAGUCUAAAGAUGGAGACUGUAUGUGGGACAGCAGUGAAGCAGAUAGAGUUGGAAAAGAAGAUGAACUUGCUUAAGCAAUCACUACGUGAGAAACUGAUGGAGCUGCAAACACUUACAUUACAGGAAAAUCGGCUACUGCGAGGUAACACCAAUAACUGCAGCCUCCACCCCUCGACAGACUCAGCUCUGAGUUCCCCAUCAGGCCACUGUGGCCGUCGGUUUUCUAGUAGCAGCAGCUACAGGAGUGUGAUGACAGACGACAGUGACCAGAUCAGUGUGUUUGACGAUCUGAACUCACCCAGCCCCUUAAGUGCAGCCAGCACCACAGAAGACGGCUGCUUCUUCACUAGAGAUUUCACCUCACAAGACAGAAGAUUUUCCUCCUCCAGCCACCACCAUCAUCAUCAUCAUCAUCAAGCCCUCAGCCGCUCCAGCAGCUCCAGCCUGGCAGGAAGCAGCAGCUCACUGUCCCCGAGCUGGGACGAAACCAGGAUCUCGUCCUUGUUUGGUACCUUGCCCAGGAAAGGCAGGAGAGCCAGCGUCCGUAAACACAUCUUCAAGUUAAUUCCUGGACUUCAGAGAUCAGUUGAAGAAGAGGAGACAGGAACGACUACUCAGUGACAGACAGACACAGUCAUAAAGCAUAUACCUUCAUUUGUCACAUUUAGGUGAAUGCAUAAAGGAUGGACACUGAGGAACCAGUGACUGGUUAAGAACAAAGUAUACACACAUUAAUACCCUUCAGUGUGAGCUUGCCUCACUAUACAGACUUUGCAAUUGCACAAAAGCAUUACUCUACUGGGAACAAAUGCUUGACCUGCUUGACUCAAUGUGUGCUUACAAUGUAUGUUGUUAUCCUGUAGCUUGAAUUGAAAACUGACUUCCUCCUGUGCUAUUAUUAAUCAUUGUGUAUUUAGCAUUAAUCAUAAAAGCUGUACUGUAGCCCUUUAAGUGUGAUCACACACUGUGAUCUAAUAUGUACAGUAUGUGACAAACAUUUCUGACAUUUUAGGCCAGAUCAGUAAUUGAGCAGCACUUACAUCACAUUCAGGUGCUCAAAACCAAAACCAAAGCGCUACACUGUAUAGAUAGCUGCUCAGCUAAAAACAGGAUGUGGGUAUGAGAGGCACUAGUAAACUCUUUCAUUUUUCAGGACAUGCAUCUUAGUUUCAAUGCUCAGACGCACUGAAACUGCUGUUUGUAAAUUGUGAAUGUACAGAAAUGUGUGCUGUACUUUCAGUGACAAAUAAAAUAGAAACUCUGUGAACUUUAAAGGUUUUUGAGUCAUGAUUUAAAUAUUUUGCAGAAUCAAAUUUAUCAAGUAUGAUCUAAAUCCAAGAGCUUCUUACAUAUAUUUGUUCAAUUUAACAAACCCACUAGAAUUUUCUUUG